UUGUGCUAACUACAAAACAAACCAAAAAUAAUUUAUUUCUUGAGUUUUGUUUUGCUUUUGCGCCAAGUAGGUAUUAUGGUUGUUUAAAGUAUGGUUAUUUUGUUUAGUGCAAAAAUACAGAUGGAUUGGACUAAAGAAACGAUCUCAAGCUUCAUUAGCUUUAUAAGAGAAAGACCAGCGAUAUGGGACACUCAAUCGCCGUAUCAUAGAAUGAAAAACAAACGAAAUGACGCCUUACAAGAAGUGGCAAUGUUGAUGGGCAUAUCAAUAAAAGAAGUUAUUGCAAAAUGGACUAUUCUAAGAAAUCAAUACAGUCGGGAAAAGAGAAAGAUGAUGGGUUUGUUUCAAAUUGUAGUAUUUUUCAUAGGCACCGGCAGCGGCACAGAUUCAGGUUACACAACGAAAUGGUAUGCAUACAAAGAUAUGGAGGAUUUAAUGUCAAGCAGUACACCAAUAGUUUACAUCAAAAAUAGUGAGGAAAUUGAUUCAUCAAUAAAUCGGACACCACCACAAUGCACACCAACAACACCACCGCAACUAAAAAAGAAAAGGGAAAGAGAUGAUGACCAAAAUAUAAUUUGCAAAGAAGUAGUGGAAACACUAAGAGUUAUGCGAGAAAGAAAAAACAGCCCACACAAUCCAACUGAUGAUCUUACAUGUUUUGGGUUAUAUAUUGCUGCACAUUUAGGAAAAUAUUCACCACACUUACAGUGUAAAGCUAAGUAUGAAAUUAACAACAUUUUAUAUAAACUGGACAUGGAAAGCUUAGGUCCGUACAGCCCUCCUGUUACUUCUGUGUCCAGUGUAGAUGACCAUGAUAGUAAUAGUGCAUUUUGUCCUAUUUUCAUAACAGCGGAUGAUCAAAAAAUUAAUAUUGACCACUCCAUAACCCAAUCUUGAUUCUCACUAAAUAGGUGAACUUGUGUGGAUGUGGAUAUGAUAAGAUGUAAGUGUGUCAAUCUUAAUAUCCAUAAUCUUGGAUUCUAUCUAUGCUCUCAAAAGGUGUACAAAUAGGCAAACUGAAAGUCACUUUAUAGAGUUUACAGGGAGUUUGUUGUAACAGUUGUUGUGAAGUGAAAGUUAAAAAUGACAUAAACUGAAGGAAGCCUACACCUGUGUGGUAGAAGAUGCUGACAAAGAAACAGAGAAAAAAUUCAAUUAAAACCAAAACUUAUACCCAACACAUAUAAUAAAAUAAUAUCUAUUCUAAAUCUACUCAACAUACAGGAUAAUAUGGAACAACUGAAUAAGAACCAUAAUUAUAAUACUUGUAUACUUAUAUUGCAAAAUAUAUAGGUACUUACAUGUGUCCCUACAUAACCAAAAGUAUUGGAAACAAGUACAACUAAAAAUGUUGGAUACCUAGUUAAAGUUUCUCUAAAAGUAUCCUAUUCCAUAAUUUAUGUUCAAAAACAUACUUAGAUUUGCAAAUAAACUGGUGAAGUUAGGUGUAAUUGAUGUUCAUUUUCAGUAUGUUUUAGUGUAAUUUUUAAAAGAUAUGACUUCAAUGGGUGAAUACAUACUUAAAAGAUUUUUGCGAGAAAUAUAAUUUUAUGGCGACAUUGAUAUACAAUUGUACAUAGAAUUUACAUUUAAGUAUUAGCUGCAAUGUGCAAUUUCAUUUUUAACAUUUUUAUUGGAAAACAACGAACUUUUGAGUUUGUUGUAUCUAGGAUUAAGUAUAAAUUGUAAGAUUCUUUGUUCAUUCAAAUAAAUGUUACUUGUAAAAUAAAA